AUGAUUACUCUACACACGUUUCGUGCCAGCUUGCCUCGGCGGUGCUUCACCGCAAGCGCCAGCAUCCGAACUUACGCCAGCCAGACACCCGGCAACCCCAUGCUGGAGGUGUUCAACCGCAAAGCUAAGCACCUGCAGAAGGAUCGCGCAGCUCGGAAUGUCGAAGAAAGCCGCAAAGUCGACUACCUGAAAGAUGAAGUCGCAUUGCGGUUAUGCGAACGCUUGCUGGAUAUCAAGCGCGAUUUUCCCAAUGUGCUGGACCUGGGUGCGAACAGCUGUAAUAUUGCGCGGGCAUUGACGACACCGAAUCUCGACAUGGCGGCGCCGGAGGGCACGUUGACACCACCAUUGGCAGAGCGAAUCUCGAAGCUAACGUGUGUGGAUACAUCACGAGCUCUACUACACCGGGACAAGGACUUGCCCUUCAACCAGGAAAUCAAUAUCCACCGUGAGGUGAUCCCGGAUCUCGAGUCCUUGCCUUACCAACCGAACACAUUCGAUGCGGUGCUCUCAUCCUUGUCCAUCCACUGGAUCAACGACCUCCCGGCAUUGCUCAACCAAGUGAACACAAUGCUCAAGCCUGAUUGCCCGUUCAUCGCAGCCAUGUUCGGUGGUGAUACCCUUUUCGAGCUGCGCGGAUCGCUGCAGCUGGCCGACCUCGAGCGACGCGGCGGGGUGAGUCCGCAUGUGUCGCCAUUGGCGGAUGUACGGGAUGUCGGUAGUCUGUUGAACCGCGCCGGAUUCAAAAUGCUUACGGUCGAUGUUGAGGACAUUGUGGUUGAAUUCCCGGAUACCUUUGCUCUCAUGCAAGAUCUCCAAUCGAUGGGCGAAAACAAUGCCAUCAUGCACCGAGAGGCUGGCCCUUUGUCACGAGAUGUUUUGCUGGCCAACGAGGCUAUCUACCGAACUAUGCAUAAGGAUGAGGAUGCUCCGGGCAUCCCGGCUACAUUCCGGAUGAUCUAUAUGAUCGGGUGGAAGGACGACAAGAACCAGCCGCAACCACUCGAGCGAGGAAGUGGCGAGUUGAACCUGAAGGAUCUCCUGGGUGGUGGUGAUUUCCAUAAGUCAUAA